AUGGAAGUUGAAUUCAUGUAUAUAAAGGUAUCCACCAAAAAGCAGAAGCAUCAUUCAGUUCCAACUGAUCACAGAAGUUCAUCUCGAAAGCUCCAUCAAACUCAACCAAACAUGAAGUGCUUCGCCGCUAUCGUUCUUUUGGCUAUGUUCGCCGUUGCUUUCGCUGAGGAGAAACCCGCCGAAGCCGAAAAACUCGAGCCUGUGGCGCCGUUCCCUGGUCCGGAUGCGCCUAGAGACAAGAGAGGCCUGCUGUUGAGCUACUCUGCACCACUUACAUACGCUGCCCAUUCUGCGCCGCUCACGUACAGUUCUAGUUACUCCAGCCUGCCAUACGCCUACCGCAGCUUCCCAUACUACUACAACAACUACUAUGUCGGUUAAGCGGUUGAAAACCGAGAUACCGAGGGACCUUUGUGAUUAAGACUCAGGAAACGAUCAUGGCAAUUGCAAGGACUUCUUAUCGAGCAGCGUGUACCACUUUAGUUUAAGUAAAUGAAACAGAAUCAGCCUGGUAAUCACAGAUUCGAUGGCCCAGCAAAAUUUUCCGAAAUGAACUACCACCAAUAUCGUAACAACAUAUGAAUGUAAUGUUUGACGAACACACACGUUUCGAUAUACAAUAUGUAAAUUUAAU